AGUCUUCCUGCAGAGUCCAAAAAGCAGCACACUCGGGCCUUCCUCGCCUUCUCUGACCGCUCUCCCUUGGACCCAAGAAAAACGGGAUCCUGGGAACUGAAGCUGCCCAGCGCAGAACAACUAGGGAAACCGAGGUCCCGAGCUAGGACUCUGAGCUUGCAGAGGCCACAGCGAAGGGGCGCGUCCUGCCCAGCGGGCCGCCUCCUCCCGCCCCCCACACCCCCCACGCCGGGGUCCCGUCCGCCUCGUCUUUGCCCUCGCCAAGUCGCCACCUCCGAAGUGAGCCAUGGUUUCGGCUACGGCGGCGGCGGCGUGGCUGCUCCUGUGGGCCGCGGCCUGCGCGCGAUCCGAGCAGGACUUUUACGACUUCAAGGUGGUCAACAUCCGGGGCAAGCUGGUGUCGCUGGAGAAGUACCGCGGCUCGGUUUCCCUGGUGGUGAACGUAGCUAGCGAGUGUGGCUUCACAGACCAGAACUACAAAGCCUUGCAGCAGCUUCAGCGCGACCUGGGCCCCCACCAUUUCAACGUGCUCGCCUUCCCUUGCAACCAGUUCGGCCAGCAAGAACCAGACACCAACAGGGAGAUCGAGAUCUUUGCCCGCCGCACCUACAGUGUCUCUUUCCCCAUGUUUAGCAAGAUCGCUGUAACUGGCACCGGUGCCCACCCUGCCUUCAAAUACCUCACCCACUCUUCCGGGAAGGAGCCCACCUGGAACUUCUGGAAAUACCUCGUGGACCCAGAUGGAAAGGUGGUGGACGCGUGGGAUCCCACCGUGCCGAUGGAGAAGAUCAAGCCCCACAUUACCGAGCAGGUGAAGAGGCUCAUCCUUCGGAAACGGGAAGACCUCUGACUGGCUUCCCCACUACUCCCAGCCCUCAGCAAACUCAAGUGGUGCUUCACGGGCAGGCGGCCAACGCUUCUCUUCCCUUCACUCGAGUAGAGGAAGAAGGCUGAGACCCGGGUGAUUUGAAUCCAAAAGCAAAGAACAGGACUCCUGGCCAAUGACAGUGCUUAACAGCGAAUCGCCAGCCAGUAGGCCUCGAGCCAAAGGAAACAUGGCAAGGCUAUGAAGAAAACGUGUAGAUGGAUUUGAAGCAGUCUACCUGGCCAGGCCUCUGCCCAAGGUGCCAAGCCUUACCUCACUGGGAGGCUGUGAAGAUUAGCAUCUGAUACCUGUGAACGCGCCUGGGGCAGUGCUAGCCAAAGAGGAGCACUCAGCACGGUCCUCCGAAUAGAAACAAAACAUUACUUGUGAUAAUAAAGCUUGAGCUCAACAUGAA